CACAUCGAUCUCAAUCUCACUAUUGUCUAUCACAAAGCAGCGCAGACACAUUUGGGCUCUUGUGGAUUUUAUAAGCAGGUGUUGAUAGCAGCGAAGCGGAUCUCAGGUGAUCAGGAAAUAACACGAGCUCCUGCGGCCAUGGCCCGGCGUAUCUCGCCUGCUUUCGCUUUUCUCUUUUGCUUUGUUUUAGCGCAUGUGUUUGAAUCUGAGGCCAAAUAUGAACACGUUGUGGCCCUCCGCAGGCAAAAGAGAGAAUGGAUCAUCCCACCUCAAAUUCUAGAAGAGAAUGUAGAUUACACCAAGAGAGAUUUCAUUGCAAAAAUUCGCUCAGAUAAAGAAGAAUUGCAGGGGAUAGGUGUGACAUACUCACUAAAGGGCAUCGGAGCAGAUCAGAAUCCUUUCAACUUAUUUGUGGUGAAUCCUGAAACUGGACUUGUGAGAAUAACAGAAAUCCUUGACAGAGAGAACAUCGCCCAAUAUAAUCUGUCUGGGACUGCUAAAUUCAAAGACGGCAGAAUUGCAGAGAAUGAUAUUGGAUUGAGAAUAAAAGUGAAGGACCAGAAUGACAAUCCUCCUGUUUUUGGUCCAAUGGAACUUGCGGCUGUAGAUGAACUCAGUGCAAUAGGUACACAAGUGAUGAAGAUUAAUUGCAAAGAUGCUGAUGAGCCUGGAAACCCAAAUUCUCAAAUCAAGUAUGAGAUUGUCAGUCAGGAACCGAAUGGGCAACAGAUGUUUACAGUUGACAAUGAUGGAGUGGUUCGUGUUGCCAAUGAAAAUCUGGAUAGAGAGACAAUUGAUCAGUAUGUGGUUUUGGUCAGGGCAUCGGACCUGAAUGGAAGGCCAGGUGGACACACUUCCACAGGGACAAUGACCAUCAAGAUCAAUGAUGUCAAUGAUAACCCGCCUAAGUUGGAAGGCCCGUUUGAAGGCAGUAUAGAGGAGAACACGCAGCAGGUGGAGGUGAUGAGAUUUAAAGCAACUGACCUAGAUCUUGAGGGGACAGAUAACUGGGUGACGCAGUGCAAUAUUAAAAGAGGCAAUGAGGCCGGAUACUUCAGCAUUAAAACUGAUCCCAAGACCAAUGAGGCAGUUCUGAUGCUUGAGAAGGCUGUUGAUUAUGAGGAUGUCAAAGACCUUAAGCUUGACAUUGAAGUAGGCAACAAGGCUCCAUUCCACUCCUCCGUGACUGGUUCAAGUCAAGAGAUAACUGUUGGCGGUGGAGGAAUCGGGGCUGGAGCCGGGGCUGGAGCCGGGGCAGGAGCCGGAGGCACGGGAUCCGGAGGCGCGGCCGGAGCAAGUGCUGGUGAAACAAGUGCUGGUGGAACAAGCGGUGGUACAUGGUUAUCGGGGGCUAGUGGUUCGCAAAUUCCAACCUAUACUGUUAAUAUAAAAGUAAAAAACCAACCAGAAGGACCAAAGUUCAUACCUGGAACAAAGGCCAUUACUGUUUCAGAGGAUGGGGCGUCAUUUGACAGUAAGAAGAUCAUUGCCAGAUAUCCGGCCACUGAUACAGACACGGGAAAAGAAGCGACCAAUGUAAGGUAUGCUAAAGGAUAUGACCCAGAUAACUGGCUGAGUAUCGAUGAGACAACUGGAGCCAUUACAAUGAAUAAAGCUCCUGAUCGGGAGUCCAAGUUUUUAACUAAUGGAACUUACUACGCCAAGAUUUUCAGCAUUACUCAAGACUUGCCUUCUAAGACAGCAACAGGCACCAUUGCUAUCCAGGUCGAGGAUUUUAAUGAUCAUUGCCCCACUUUGACAAGCAGCAAUCAGACACUGUGCACUGACAAGGAUGCCGUCAUAGUUACUGCAAAGGAUGGGGAUGCAGAUCCUAACGGAGCUCCAUUCACGUUUAACAUUGUCGAUGAUGGAACUAAGGGGAAGUGGACAACUGAACAUUUAAAUGACACCACUGUCAUCUUCAGAACCCAUGAGAAACUGUGGCCAGGACAGUACGAGCUUACUGUGGAGGUCAAAGACCAGCAGGGACUCUCAUGUCCAGUACCAGAGAAGCUAACGGUGGAUGUGUGUACCUGUACAAGUCAGGGCAGUUGUAAUAGAGUCAGCGGGCCCGCAGCACGGAAGGGCUCCACGUUAGGACCUGCUGGAAUCGGGCUGCUGCUUCUUGGUCUCCUUGCUUUAUUGCUCAUACCCCUACUGUUGCUGCUCUGUCAGUGUGGAGCAGCUGGCUUUGUAGGUCCCUUCGCAGACAUGCCCUAUGACACUAAAGAGCAUCUCAUCGCGUACCACACAGAGGGCCAGGGAGAGGACAGAGAUGUUCCAGUACUGCCUGAUGAGCGUGAUGCUAGGGGUCUCUACUCAAAAAUAGAUACGGUUGGUGGUGUUGCUGCAGUGCGUGAUAUGUUAAGUAUGGCCAAUAUGAAUGAAGCUGGGGGCUUCGUGAGGUCCUCUUUUGGUAUGCGUGAUACCAUUGGAACGUAUGGUGGCGCGGGAAUGUACGACGGGAAUUCGGUGCAAUGGACCGCCGGUAUGACAGAAGAGGCUGGAGGUUUCGAUGGGAUGGCCGCAUCUGAGCAGUUCUUGGAUGAGUACUAUUCACAGAAAAGCCGGGCUAUAGAAGAUGGUUUUGCUAAAAACAACAUUCUGGAGUACCAAAAUGAGGGAAUGGGUUCUCUUGCUGGUUCUGUUGAGGCCAUUAGUAUUGUGGAAGAUGACAACGAUUUAGCCUUUCUCAAUGACCUUGGACCAAAGUUUAACACUCUUGCUUCAGUAUGCGGAGGUAAAAUGACCACAGUUGAGCAAUAUGUGCCCCCUCCUCCCCCUCCUAAACCUGUGGAACGUACUGUCGUCAGCAGCGAGAAUGUUGGCUUCAACAGUAGUAUGGCUGCAAACACGGUGAACAUGGCUUCUAGUGCUGCAUCAUCGACCCGGGUGGAGAACGUGCUUGUGACGGAGAAUCGCCCGACAGUGUAUGCCAGUGUGCAGCCCACUACAACGCUUCUAGUGCAACAACAGCAGCCCAUGUACUACAUGGUCGAGCAGCAGCCAAGCACCGUACUGCUAGCCGAAAGGCCCGCCAUGAGCUACGGGCAGAAUAUGUACGUGCUAAAUGGCGGCCAGAUGGGCGAGGAGGUUGUGCUUCAGGGUGCCAACGUAGCGUCCAACCACGGCGAGAGAAUGGUGCUCCUGGAGAGAGGUGGAGCUCAAGCUGUCAACACUGGGGUGCUACAAAUGGGUAGUUUGUCCGGAUCGCAAGUUCUGCUGGUGGAUGGGGGUGCCCAAAGCGGCCACGUCCUUCAGGGGACCCUGAAGAGGGGGGUUGCAGGAUCUCAGGGUGUGAUGGUUGUGGAAGGUGGACAAGGGGGUGUGGUUCAUGGGUCUCUUAGAAAAGGUGUUUCCACUCAUGGAGGAUCUCAAGGUGGGGUGUAUCAUGUAGAGAAUAGAGGGGGGUCAGGGGUCAUUCAGGGGUCUCCUCAAAAGAGUGCAGGGUCAGUUAGUGGUAAAGUCGUAUCGAGUGGGUCGACCCAACGAAAUGUAACAACACAGAAGGUCAUCCAGGAGAAAAUUGUGACAUCACAAACCACCAUGUAACAAUGCAACACUGAUAGCCAACUUGCGCUGUUGUAACAGUGUUGCAGAGUUUGAAAUAUAUAUCUCAUGCCUUUCGAAAAUCAGCUAUCAAAAUGAUUGUAUUAUGAAUAUUUGAGCUCAUCUUGUCAUUACACACUACAGUAAAUCAUGGAAAAUCCAAAUUAUUUCUUGAGAAAACCAGUUUUAAUGCCUUUGAAUGUUUCUCUCUGUAUUUGUAGUACAUGAUUUAUAUAUAUAUAUAUAUAUAUAUAUAUUGUGCUCCUCUCUACAGGAAAUAUAUAUUAUAUAUAUAUAUAUAUAUAUAUAUAUAUAUAUAUAUAUAUAUAUAUAUAUAUAUAUGGAGUUUUUCUAUUUUUUCAUAAAUAUGGUAUGUGAUUUUGAAUGUGUUUGUGGGUGCUCAGUUCUGUGUGUUCUGCAGAAGUUAUUUGCAGAUAUAUAAGCAGGAGAUUCGGUCUUCCCGAGGACCUAUAGUGAAGUUCAUGCAAAUGUGCCUGAGCCCAAAGCUAUUUUAAUAUUAGGCAGAUAUAUGAGAACGUUUGCAUCAGCCUAGUAAAGUGGCCCUGGAAAAUUAGAUCAGGUGCCAGAGAUAUAAAGUUACUGUAAAUAAAGUUUCAUGAAUCACUUCUGGUAUCAAAUCAAGUACAACAUAAUUGGGAAUCCGUUAUGCUUUUCAUUAACAACAGUCUGCAUCACUGAAUAGCACUGGGAAAGUUUUUUUAUGGUAUUAUAUGAUUUCAUUUGUUUUCUCUGUCACUUUCGGUGGCCAAUGUUUGUAAAUACAUAAUGUAAGAAGUAUAGAUAACAGCUUGGGGUGUUUUUUUGCACUACACUAUAAUUCAUUAAAGAGACCAAACUUCUAUUCCAAGCAAAAAUGCUAAUACAUAUUAAAUGAGUGUUUCUUAAAAGAAUAAUGUUUUAUAUUUUUUAAAGUGCUUGUACUUAAUAAUGCAAUAGCUAAACUGCAUACCAUUUCUUUUAUAGUAGGAAGUAAAGGUUAAAACACUAGAGUGGUGUUGGGCUCUUUUGUUUUUGUUUGUUGUUGUUUUUUUAGCUAAAUAGGAUGGGCAGUUGGUUUCAACUUUACCAAAACUGGACCCAUUAGAUGCAUGGUGGGAAAUUAUGUUAUUGCUUUUGGCAGUAAAAUAUAAGUUUUUAUUUUAACUUUAUAUUUGUAGCGCACACCAUAAAUAGCUUUCUACUAAAAGGAGUUAAAUAGGCUAAAUUUUAAGGAUAUUUUUAUGUUUCUUUUAUAAAUGUUUCAUAUGUUUCACUUAUUAUGGAAAUUGUUUUAAAGGACAAUAAAGUCUUUUAAAAAGAA